AUGUACUAACAGAGAUUUGCAGCAUCGAACAAAAUACAACAAAAAACAUUAUAGGAAUAUGACAUCAAACCUGUUAAGAACCCAAUUAAUCAGGGAAAUAGGAAUAUUCAAUAAGUUCAAUAAAUUUACAAUCUUUAACAAAGAAAUACAAGAGGAAUGCAAAUAGAGGACGACAAUUAGGGAAUUUAAAUUAAAGUGUUUCAAAAUGCCACUAAGACGAAUUUAGAUUAAAGAUCUUCAUCUCAACAAUCCAAAUAGGAUGUUUCACUUUAAAAACGAUUGUUUUCAGGUUUAGAGUCAGAUCAAUCUUUUUCUAAAAUAAACUCAACUACGUUCCAGGAACAAGAAAGGAGUCCAAGAAUUAAAAGUGACGUUAUACAAAUUAAACUUCUAAAGCCUUUGGACUAGAAAUUUUUCAACUUUAUUCGAGAAUAUGGUUAUAUAAUAGGGGACUCGACUCAUGACAAUCAAUCUUCCUUUACUGUGAGUACAAUGGAACGAUCCAGGUUGCUGUCGAAUGAAAGAUAAGUUGUUUACAGCAAUUCUCCUCCCCCUUCAAAAACUUUUCGAACAAAACUAUUUAACCAUGUUAAUUGA